AGACUUGCGACUGUUCAACUUCGAAGGUUCUGUGUUCGAUUAACUUAGAGAACGGUAUUACUUGCGCGAGAGCUUGGAUUCGAUCGUCCUUUCCCUUGGACCAGAGGAGGGAAUAACUACCUCGGUUUUGCCCUUAAGAGUUUGACUUUGCACUAAAAUGUCUUUCCAGAGCAAAGGCUUUUGGAUUGCAAAGGGUCCUGGUUGUUUAACAGAUGGAGAUAUGGCUUAUGAUAACUUGUCCAGAAUUGAACCAAAGCGUGCUCAUCAAUGGUUCAUAGAUGGUAGUGAACCAGAGUUAUUUCCUAAUAAGAAACAAGCAAUAGAAUCUUCAAAUAGCAAGUCGAUUUCAGGAAUCGCAAAUGUGGGUGUUUCUCCAUGGGAAAAUUCUUCAAGUUUCCAGUCAGUUUCAGGCCAGUUCAGUGACCGAUUAUUUGGAUCUGAAACUGUAAGGACUAUAAAUUUUGGUGGUAGGAACAUUUCGUCUGUAAAUGCCGGAAAUUUGAAUAUGGUAAGAAAGGGUGUUGAGGAACCUUUUGGAAAUGACCCAUCUGUUGGUUUAUCUAUAUCUCAUACAAUGGAAGAUCCUGGUUCAUGUCUCAGUUAUGGUGGCAUCAGAAAAAUUAAAAUCAAUCAGGUCAAAGAUUCUGACAAUGGCAUGACUGUAUCAAUGGGACAAUCAUACAGUACAGGGGACAAUGUUACCAUGUCAAUGGGUCACUCCUUUAACAAGAGAGAUGACAACAGUAUAUCCAUUGGUCACACCUAUAAUAGGGGGAAUGAGAGUAACAUAUCAAUAGGUCACACUUAUGUUAGGGGUGAGGCAAGUACCAUAUCAAUGGGCCACACCCAUAACAAGGGGAAUGAUAAUACCAUAUCAAUGGGUCAGAGCUAUAGUAGGGGGAGUGAUAAUACAAUAUCAAUGGGUCAGACCUACAGGGGGGAUGACAACUCCAUAUCAAUUGGUCACACCUACACUAGGGGGGAUGACAAUACCAUAUCAAUGGGUUCCCCCUAUAAUAGGGGGGAUGAAAACAUGUCAAUGGGUCAGGCCUAUGGUAAGGGGGAUGGGAAUACCAUAUCAAUGGGUCACAACUAUGAUAAGGCUGAAGAACACACCAUAUCAAUGGGUCACAACUUUAAUAAAGGGGAAGGAAGUACAGUGUCAAUGAGCCUUAGCUAUAAUAAGGGGGAUAGCAACAUCAUUUCAAUGGGUCACAUCUACAACAAGGGAGAUAAUAUCAUUUCAAUGGGUCAUACUUUUGACAAGGUGGAGGGCACCACCAUAUCGUUUGGUGGCUAUGAUGAAGAACCAGAGAUGAACCCAUCAGGCAUUAGCAGCUACAACUUGUUAAUGAGUCAAUCUUCUGUUCAGCCCUCAGAAGCGCUUGGUGGGAAGGAGCCAGUUGAUUCAAAUGCAAAUCUUCUUGUAGGUGCUACUCUGCUGGCAGCAUGUGGAAGUGAAACAGUUCCUAAGAAUAAGAUGGAGCUAAAAAUGUCGAAAAAGGUAGCUCCCAACAAUUUCCCUUCAAAUGUCAAAAGCUUGUUAUCAACUGGUAUGCUUGAUGGAGUAACUGUGAAGUAUAUAUCCUGGUCGCGAGAGAAGGAGCUUCGUGGGGUUAUUAAAGGUUCUGGAUAUUUAUGCAGCUGUCAGUCAUGUAAUUACUCUAAGCCACUAAAUGCUUAUGAGUUUGAGCGCCAUGCUGGUUGCAAAACAAAGCACCCAAAUAAUCACAUUUUCUUUGAGAACGGGAAGACUGUCUAUGGGAUUGUCCAAGAACUAAGGAGUACCCCUCAGAACUUGUUGUUUGAAGCAAUUCAAACUGUGACAGGUUCGCAGAUCAAUCAGAAGGCCUUCCGUAUUUGGAAAGAAUCGUUUGAAGCAGCCACCCGUGAACUUCAGCGUAUAUACGGCAAGGAUGAAAUACAACAACCAAAAAAGGAGCUUCCUUAAGUCUUCCUUCAAAACCUCUCUUUUGUGUAAGUAAGCAUAUGGCUUUUGGGUAUUGAUAUUAUUCUCUCAUUGUAGAUAAGAACCUGAUAUCCUUGUGGUUUUGUGACAAGGUCCUUUGGAUAGAGCUAUUAUGGUUGUAUUUUGAAACAUACUGAAUAGAAAAGGCUAGCAUUCCUUUCUCUUCCAGCAGACAUUUCAUGUAUAUUUAUUUACUUUCGGUAGUCCUGGACUUCUUCAGAGGUGAAAGUUGGUUAAACCUGUGAUCA